AGCCUCGCGGCGCCCGCCCGCCGCCUUUUCGAAUCACACCCCCCGCCCCCGACUCAACAGCAAGCCCCGCCCAGCGGACAGAACCGGAAGUGGGAGCUCCGGCGCCGAAGGACUGACGGUUGUUUGGAGGCUGCGCUCGUGCCCGGCCGCCUGCUGGCUCAGACAGGAGAUUGCAGAAUGGCUUCCACACCUGACAUCUUUCAGAAUUAUGAAGAGAUGUUUGCUCAUCGAUAUACUUCAGGAGAUGAGGAAUACCAGAAAUAUGUCAAAUGCCCUACAGAUCCACCUCCAAUAGUAGAAGACUGGCUGAACAGAGAACCCAGAGUACCUUCCGUGCUGGAGAUCCUUCAGAAGUACGAAGGGAUGUUCGCAUAUCGAUUUACCUCGGAAGAUGAAGAAUUCCAGAAAUACGUCCAGCGCUCUGCAGAUCCACCUCCCCUAAUAGGAGACUGGAGAACUCGAUCGGGUGGUAACCAGCGAUACAGAGAUAGAUUCAGGGACAGCAGACAGUUCAGAAGCAGAGGGGACAGAUAUGACCGGCAAGGAGGCUACAGAUCUGGUCAGUGGCAAGAAAGAGGCUGGGGAAACAGCUAUCAGCAACACAGACAAGGACAGCCAUCCUACCUGCAACAUGGACGGUCACCUCAGUAUGGUUAUAGUUCUUAUUCUCAGGGGGGCCCGUAUGGCCAUUACUAGCAUGGUACCUUAUGGAUGUGUGUCCUGUAUAAGAACCAGUCCUCUUUGUAUCACCAGAUGUGAACCUUUGCUUUAUUCUGUUUUAGACAACAUGUAAUGUUGAGGAAACGGCAUGCGUGCACGCAUAUGAUGGUGCUUUUUAAAAAACAAAGGUCUUUGUAUUUUUGCAGUGCACAUUUAAUAAAGGAGGCAGGUAUUGUGAAACUACAAAAGAAACCGUGAACUUGCUACCUCAUGUUUCUGUCUGUUUCCCACUCCCUGGCUCACACCACUCCAGAAUAUCACUUGUACAAAUAGUUAAUGGUUUGAGGGAAAUAAAUCUGCUUGUAUCAAAAGAACUUAGCAUGGACCCUUAGCGCAAAGGCCAGGCUGUUCUUUCUGAAAUUCUGACUCAUACCAUUUUGUUGUAAAUGGGCAGCAGGAGCACUAGAGAUUCUAAUCAUCCAUCGUGGCAGAGAAAUGUGCAGCUUGUAUGCUUGGUAUUGACCGCUGCUAGCAAACAGGGCCUGUGUGUCUUCCACUCUGAUUGCUCCAAAACAUGGAGAGUGUUUUGUGUGUGUUUGUUUUUUUAAAAAAUCCUUGUGCUGUUUUAAUUUUGAGUAACCUGCUUAAUAAUUGAUAAAAAUGUCAAUUUAAGGAGAAAAGGGUGUAAAAGUUGACUUUUAAAAACCCUAAUGCAAGAUUAAUUGUUAUUAAAUGGGCUCCUUUUAAAUCCA